CCCUCUUUCCAGCACUUCACGAACAGCAGCCUGCCGAUACACUUCAACCGCCAUCUCGCUUUGCCAUGUCGUCUACAAAGGAUAAGUCCAAGGUCCACAAGCUGUCCUUGAAAGGAUCGUCGAAGCUGGUGGCCGAAUUCUUUGAAUACUCUAUCAACUCGAUUCUCUUUCAGAGAGGCGUGUACCCUCCGGAGGAUUUCACAACCGUCAAGAAAUAUGGCCUCAACAUGCUGGUCACCGCCGACGACCAGGUCAAAGCCUACAUCAAGAAGAUCAUGUCACAAUUGAACAAGUGGAUGAUGGGUGGCAAGAUCUCGAAGCUUGUGGUUGUUGUUACAGACAAGGAGACUGGCGAACACGUGGAAAGAUGGCAAUUCGAUGUGCAAAUCUUCGGAAAGCAGUCCAAGAGCCAGACAUCUCGUGCCUCGGGCGACAAGGAGAACGCUACUCCUGGUGACAAGGACCCCCAGGCCGCUGCCACCGUCGAUAAAACCGAAAAAGAGAUCCAAGACGAAAUCCAGGCCAUCUUCCGUCAAAUCACCGCAUCUGUCACUUUCCUGCCGGUCCUGGACGGUGACUGCACGUUCAACGUCCUUGUAUACGCCGACGCCGACUCAGAAGUCCCGGUGGAAUGGGGCGACAGCGACGCCAAAGAGAUCAAGAACGCGGAGAAGGUGCAGCUCCGAAGCUUCAGCACCAACAACCACCGGGUAGAGACCCUAGUCAGCUACCGUCUUGCGGAUUAGCUGCGUUAAUUCACGGUGUUCACAUGAAGGCGUUACGGACGAGAGGCGGGAUCUGAUUCGGGAGCAUUUCGGGCAUUUCUUCACUAUCAAUGUAUUCUGACAAUUCUUUAGAGCAUUGCUAUCAAUUCAAUGACUAAUGAACUUCAUC